GGAUGCUCUGCAUCGACCGGCCAGCCUCGCACUGCUAGUGUGGACUUCCCUCCUGCUCUUCCCUAAAGGAUGCCGGCCGCCCGUCCGAAAGCUCCUGCUCAUGCAUCCUCCUAGAGUGCCAUGGCGAAGGGUCUGCAGGGCUUCCCGUGGACCGUGCUGCUGCUGUUCUGUGCCAUCCAGGAGCUGGGGGCCUGGGCCAGGCACACGGCGGUGGAGGGCCCUGGCCUGGGGCAGCCAGGGGACCCUGCGCUGCUGGCCGGAGGGCGAGUGAAGCGUGGCUGGGUCUGGAAUCAGUUCUUCGUGGUGGAGGAGUACACGGGCACGGAGCCGCUGUAUGUGGGGAAGAUCCACUCGGACUCGGACGAGGGAGAUGGCUCCAUCAAGUACACCAUCUCCGGGGAGGGCGCGGGGACCAUCUUCCUCAUCGACGAGAUCACGGGUGACAUCCACGCCACGGAGCGCCUGGACCGGGAGCAGAAAACCUUCUACACGCUGCGGGCACAGGCCCGCGACCGGCAGACGGACCAGCUGCUGGAACCCGAGUCAGAGUUCAUCAUCAAGGUGCAGGACAUCAACGACAGCGAGCCACGCUUCCUGGAGGGGCCCUACAUCGGCAGCGUGGCUGAGCUGUCCCCCAUCGGCACUUCUGUGAUGCAGGUGAUGGCCUCUGACGCUGACGACCCCACCUACGGGAGCAGUGCCCGGGUGGUCUACAGCGUGCUGGAGGGCGAGCAGCACUUCACUGUGGACAGCAAAACAGGUGUGAUCCGCACAGCCGUGGCCGACCUGGACCGCGAGACGCAGGACCGCUACGAGGUGGUGAUCCGUGCCACGGACAUGGCGGGGCAGCUGGGCGGCCUGUCGGGAUCCACCACGGUCACCAUCGUGGUCACCGACGUCAACGACAACCCCCCGCGCUUCCCUCAGAAGAUGUAUCAGUUCAGCAUCGUGGAAACGGCCCCCGUGGGCACUGCCAUCGGGAGGGUGAAGGCUGAGGACUCCGAUGUCGGGGAGAACACGGACAUGACAUAUCAAGUGAAGGAUGAGGAAGGGGUGGAGAUGUUCAAAGUCACCACGGACAGCAAUACCCAAGAGGCUGUCAUCACGGUACAGAAGCCUCUCGACUACGAGUCAAAAAAAGUGCACACUGUUGUGGUGGAGGCCCUCAACAAGUUCGUGGACCCGCGGUUCGUGGACCUGGGCACCUUUCGGGACCAGACCAUCGUGAGGGUCUCGGUGCUGGACGUCGACGAGCCCCCCGAGUUCCGGCCCCCCUCCAACCUGAUGGAGGUGCAGGAGGACGCACACGUUGGCUCUGUGGUGGGGGUGGUCACUGCCCUCGACCCGGACACAGCGAACCACCCUGUCCGGUACGCCAUCGACCGCAGCACGGACACCGAGAGGAUCUUUGACAUCGAUGCCAAAACAGGUGCUAUUGUGACAGGAAAGGUCCUGGACCGGGAGACGGCAGGGUGGCACAACAUCACUGUCCUGGCGAUGGAAGCAGAUAAUCACUCACAGGUGUCCAGGGCCUCUCUCCGUAUCCGUAUCCUGGAUGUCAAUGACAAUCCACCUGAACUCGCCACCCCGUAUGAAGCCGCUGUGUGUGAGGAUGCCAAGCCAGGCCAGUUGAUCCAGACAAUAAGUGUUGUGGACCGGGAUGAGCCUCAGAGUGGCCAUCAUUUCUACUUCACGCUGGCGCCUGAAGCCACCAACAACCACCACUUUUCUUUGCUGGAUAUCCAGGACAACACGGCGGCGGUGCACACCCAGAGAGUGGGCUUCAACCGCCAGGAGCAGGACGUGUACCUGCUCCCCAUCCUGGUGGUGGACAGCGGCCCCCCGGCCCUGAGCAGCACGGGGACUCUGACCAUCCGUGUCUGCGGCUGCGACAGCAGCGGGGCCAUCCAGUCCUGCAACAGCACAGCCUACGUCGUGUCGGCCACACUGAGCCCCGGCGCCCUCAUCGCGCUGCUGGUCUGUGUCCUCAUUCUGGUUGUGCUGGUCCUUCUGAUCCUCACGCUGAAGCGACACCACAAAAGCCACCUGAGUUCUGAGGACGACGAGGACAUGAGGGACAAUGUCAUCAAAUACAACGACGAAGGGGGUGGCGAGCAGGACACGGAGGCCUACGACAUGUCGGCCCUGCGCAGCCUCUACGACUUCAGUGAGAUCAAAGGUGGUGAUGGAGGUGGGGGGCCAGGAGAGGGGGGCCCUGGCAGAAACCCCGCCUCUGAGCUCCACGCCCUCCCACAGUGGGUGCAGAGCCCGGACCUGGACUUCUCUGUGUUCAGAGACUACAUCUGCAGGAAGGUGGAGCAGGCGGACGAGGACCUCUCUGUGCCGCCCUACGACUCAUUCCAGACCUAUGCCUUCGAGGGCUCGGACUCGCCGGUGCCCUCCCUGAGCUCCAUCAACACCUGGUCCAGCAGCUCAGAGCAGGACUUCUCGUACCUGGGGGGCUGGGGGCCGCGCUUCCGGCAGCUGGCAGCGCUGUACGCUGGGCGCAGGGGCGAGGAGGACGGCGAGGACUCGUAGCUGCCUCACCGACCCCUGCGAGGCUCCUGGUGCCUCCUGGACUGCGGCUCCCGCGCCUCCAGGUGCCACGUGGGGGACCGUGUGCUCCUGUGGCCCGACUCCACAGCUGCCACA